GGCUCUUGAUGGAGACAGGUCUGUAAGCAGCACGCACAGAAGCACUGCUCAACUGCCAUAGUAACACUACAGUGUGGAGUGUGCCUUCAGGCCCUGGACACAGCUAUUAUAACACAACAAUCAUACAUCAGGUGAUCGGACGGGAAGCGGAUGCUCUGGGGUCUAUCUCUCCGAUUACAGAUUAAACCACCAAACAUACGUCAUCUCCACAUCAAGCGUUGUGAAAGCUCAGCCUGCAGUGGAAAGGGUGUGUUGAAUAUGCACACCUGCUCAGCUGCAGCAAUUAAAUGAGUGGCAGUGGCAGACAGAUACAGCCCUGGCUUAACACGCACACACAUUAAAUGAGCAGGACAAACAGAGCAGGACAGAUGCUGCCCCUGCUCCACUUCCUCUAGUCGUCCCACAGCCAGCUGGACAGAAGAUGGGAUUUGUGACUGAUUGGUUUUGUCUUUUUUUGCUGUUGUGACCUCUAUGCACUCCUGUCACCUUUUCUCAGCACGGCUUGUUCACUUCUUUUUUAUUUAUAAAAAUCAGCUUUCAGAACAGACAAUCCAUUGGGUAUGCUUUGACUACUUCUCAAAAGCUGAAAAUUAUUUGCAUUUUUUCUAUCCCUUCUUGGAUGCAGCAAAAAAGGCUCUCACUGGGACUGUGCCGUGGCUUUUUUUGUAUUAUCUUGAGCCUUUUGAAAUGCAUUGCUUCUACCACUAAGAGUUGAAAGAAGAUUUGAAAAAAAAGUUUAUAUCUGGCAAAAGUUUAAUGAAACUGUUCUUAACUUCCAUUCACCGGGACCCUUACCAAACAGGCAAGAACAAUAGAUUGAAUAGAACUGCAGAAGGAAAGAAAAAUCUUGAGAAAAAGAGAGGAUAUAAAGUGUGGUAGUGUUAAGAGGCAGAAGAGGAAUAGACAAGAGAAGGCCCAAAGAAGUCAGAUCAAAAGAAAACACAAGGAUAAAAAACAUAGCCUGAGAAAGUUUUUUUCCUUGUAACUCUGUUGUAGUCAUGAUGGAACACCCUUGGAGCCAGACGUCCUCCUUGUGUCUCCUCCUCCGCCCCCUCCCCUCAGCCCUCCCUCACUCCUUAGCUCUGCUCUAGUCCGCUCGCUCUCCACAUCGCUCCAGUGCAUCGACAGCCACUGAACGCCACAUAGCCCCCUCCUGCAGCUUCUACAGUUGGCUGCCAAACUUAAGAGGAACGGCUUCUAUCAACACAGCGGACUGGAUUUGGACGAGAAUGAACAUCGGAGCUAGCCAGAGGGAAAAGAAAGAGACGAGGUGCAGUGGAGGCCAGAAAGGGGAGCGAGAGAAGAGGCGUAAUUAAAGGCAGAGUUCAGGAGUGGAAAAAUCUGGAGUGGAGCUUAUCUGCAGGACAGCUCGUGUGGGGCAGGCAGUGUGGGUGAUCCCGUGGUGCACAGUGUGAGCCAGGGGGUGGUCCCAGUGACAGUGAGCAGGUCCUGGUGGUGGCUUAGUGGAGGCCGUGGGCUCAGGACAGUGGCAGGCUCAGGGGUGGGGGCAUGGCCGUGGGGGGGGCGCUUCCUGUCCUCCACCCUGCAGCGGGAGCGGCGCUGGAGCUGGGGGACCUGGGGCGGGGGUUUGUCCAGAGGGGCUCCUGGCAGACUGUCCGAGAUGAGGCCCUGGCUCUCAACAGGAGGGAGCGGAGGUAGCAGUGAGCUGGACAAGGGGGGCAGGAUGAAGUGCUCCCGUAGACUGUGCAUGCUCCUGGGGACACUGGUGCUGGUCUUCCUCACCUCACUCUUCUUCUCCAUGUCUCUUCGUGGGGGGGUGGGGUUCAACUACCUGGAGCCUCCCAGCUGGGAGGAGUCCAGGCGAGUGAAGCUGGUGCCAAACUAUGUGGGUGCCCACCGCCUGUCCCCCCCAGACCUGCCUCAGCAGAAGACCUGUGCCUGCCCUCGCUGUGUGGGGGACCCUGGGGUGUCAGAAUGGUUUGAUGAGAACUAUGAUCCGGACAUCUCUCCUGUGUGGACCCGUGACAACAUCGAGCUGCCCUCUGAUGUGUACUACUGGUGGGUGAUGUUGCAGCCACAGUUCAAACCACACAGCAUCCAGCAAGUACUUCUGAGACUCUUCCAGGUGAUUCCCGGUAGAUCUCCAUAUGGGUCAUGGGAUCCAGGUCGCUGUCUGCGCUGUGCGGUGGUUGGAAACUCUGGAAAUCUGCGUGGAGCCGGAUACGGGGCCUCUAUCGAUGGGCACAACUACAUCAUGAGGAUUAACUUGGCUCCUACAGUGGGCUACGAAGAGGACGCAGGGAGCCGCACCACUCACCACUUCAUGUAUCCGGAAAGCGCUAAGAAUCUCGCAGCAAACGUCAGCUUUGUCCUGGUCCCAUUUAAGACACUAGACCUAGUUUGGAUCACCAGCGCCCUGUCAACCGGCCAGAUUAGAUUUACUUACGCUCCAGUGAAGCAGUUUCUUCGUGUGGAUAAAGACAAGGUCCAGGUUUUCAACCCAGCCUUCUUCAAAUACAUCCAUGACCACUGGACCAAACAUCAUGGCCGCUAUCCAUCGACUGGCAUGCUGGUGCUCUUCUUUGCCUUGCAUGUCUGUGAUGAGGUGAAUGUGUUUGGUUUUGGGGCAGACAGCCGGGGCAACUGGCACCACUACUGGGAACAAAACCGCUAUUCUGGAGAGUUCAGGAAGACCGGAGUGCAUGAUGCUGACUAUGAGGCUCAGAUUAUUCAGAGACUAGCCAAAGCUGGCAAAAUCACAGUUUUCCCUGGCAAAUAAAUGGCAUAUCAUGUCACAAGCUAGGUCUGAAAUAUCUAUGAUUAGCUCCCAUCUAAAACCUUUAAAUAGGUUAAAUCCAGAAAAUAGAUUUCAUACAUAUCCUAGCAUUUCUUAAAAAAUUAUGGUGGACCUGCUCCAUCUAGGUUUGACUGUUGCUAAUGGCUUGUGACUGGACAACUGGCCCUGAGCUUUUUGGCUGGAUUUGUCCUAAUGGUCGGCUUGAGUGACAAUGCAGCCUCAGCUUUGUUAGGCCAACUUUACCUCAAGAGGACCAACAAAUGAGAGUAGGAUAAGAGAGAAAUGCUCUAGCCGGCUCUCACAAGCAAAGCCCCUGUUCUAGGCUUAAUCCAGUGGCAGAAGUGUUCACAAUGGACAACUAAUCUUCUGUCUAAUAACUGUAUGCCUGGUACUGAAAACAGCAGAUUCAACAUUACCACUUUUGUGAGUUUGUGACCUGCACUUAUCACAUUGGAGCAUAUCAGCCAUCUUGAAUCUUAAGGAUCUUGUUGCCGUAGGACUUGGCAUGUCAACAUCAAAGCUGAAAAUGUGAAGCUGUCACAUUGGACUCCAGUUACCAGAGAAGUGGCUCUGUAGACUUCACCUUAAGCAGUGGUGGGUUGUCUGGUGUUAGGCCAGGACCAAUCACUGUGUGGUAACAUCAUGUGACUGCCUUGUUAUGCCCCGAGAAUCUAACUGGACUUGCCAAAUCAAGUAGUAGCUGGCUGAAGACUCCUGGACUUUGUGACUCAUAAACAAGGCAUCAAUGGAGCAAGGAAAAACACAGAACACAUCGUUAGCAAGAUCUCUGGUUCACGCCCAGAGACGGACAGGGCUGUAGGGUGUUUGAAGGAGGCCAAAAUACUCCUGGGAGUUUGGGUUUGAGUGGAAACGUGGUAAUUCAGUCUAAUCUCUGUGUGGUGUGAUAGGGUUUUAUUUGCAAGGCUGGUGAUGGUGAAUAACAAAAUAUUUACCCAUGAUAAAAAUACUGUGUAUACACUACAAUUAUUUCAGUUUAUGGGUUCACCACUUUUUUAAUGAACUGAGGUUGGAGGGACUUCUCAAUGUGGUACAAUGUGGCUUCACAAACCACUGAUCUAGAGCCACCUGACGCCUUAGCUUUUUACCACACACCACUUAAACUGCACUAUCCACAUUUCUUUUCACAUCUCCACAGACAACACAGGCAAUUAGUUUCAUGAACAUUGUUUUGUUUAUCACUCACAGAUUGAUCAAUUGUCUUGGGUUUAUUUCCUCCACAGAUGUUAUAUUAUACAGCAUCUUAUAGUAGUAACAGAUUAUGGAAGUUAAUACAAUACGCUGAACUCAGAGGGGAGUAAAAAGUCAUAUCACAAGGGGUAGGGGAUAUAAGCCCAGUGAUCAAGUGUCUUAAAUAUUUCCAUUAUUAAAGAGCAGUUUGUUACAUAACUGUGAAAUCAACUUCACAUUGUCUAAACUAAAGCUGUUACAUUUACAAAAAAAAGUUAAUUUUUUUAUUUUUUAACCAGCAGACUUAAUGUUUACUUUAUAAAAUUAUGUACACACUACUUUUAGAAGUGAUAGUCAGAGGUGGGACUUUUAUAUUAUAUUUAUAUUACAUUCAUUUUAGAGUGUUUAAAUGAGUAUACUGGUAUAUAGAAUUUAUAGUAAAGUGUGCUUAAUAACACACUUAAAUUUGAGAAUGUUUAGCCUAAUGUAAAUUUGUCUCUUUCUUUGGCGGAUUAGGAUGUUCCACCUCGGGUUAUUUUACUGACCAGUAUCUAAUGGUUGAUGCUAGAUAGCUCCGGACAGACGGUCUGCUGUGAUUGGUCAUUUAAAGUGUUGAAGUUUGGGAAGCGGAUUAAAGGUUUGUUCAUAGCAACAGAAGUUAAGUUUGCGCAUCACCGUGGUAAAGACCUAUGUCAUCACUUCUUACUAUCUAACACCAACCACAUCUAAUACAUCAAAAACCCACAUUUUGAUUAGUGCAUGAUAGCACCUAGUCAUUGUAACUCCUAGAAGUAGUCUGUGUUAUUUCUGUAGGUGUUAACUUGAUACACAGCCAGAUAACAGAGUACCACCUGCUACAGUUUGAGAUUUUCUGACUGGAGAUGGUGAGAUGUGUGGAGAAAAGCUGCUACCCUUCAGGUGACACUGACACAAGUGUGAGAUUGGCUUAUUGUCAAAACCACAACCACAAUAUGUGGAUAGCUACUAAUAAUGGUGCCUGUCCUACAAUACUACUUUGUUUUCUAGUCCUCUUUGCACAUCUGUUUAAAAAAUCAUGUUAGGAAAUUGCAAACUUUCAGCCAUUAUAUUAUACACUUUUAACAUAUUCACACAUUGAUGCUUUUGUGCCUUGUCCUGCUCCCGGACAUUACUCGCCUACAGCUGCCCCAUAAUCAACACGCAUCCACAUACAAGCCUAUAAUUAACAGAAAGUGACAGAAACUUUGUGGUUGUGCCUUUCUGAACUGCAUACAUUCUGCCUGGGUUUGGGGCUUUGUCAAUGUUUUGUACUGUAAAGUGCUGGGGGGGAGGGUAAUUACCGUACUAGAGGUGGGUGUAUCGGUCUGAGCAUGGGUUGUUGAGAAUCCCAGUUUCAAGAUUGAGAGACUGUGAUUCCCUAAACAUAUCUGUGCACCACUGCUAUGUCAAUGUUUAUGCUUUUGUUUGCUCCUAUUCACCUUACAUGUGUUGUUGAAGUUGAAAGAAGAAAACAGUUCUGGCCUCAGUAGUAGCACUAAAACACAUUUUGGUAACACAGCGGUAGUUACCUGAGGGAACAAACGAGGGCUCCAUCAGUUUUCUGUACUCCUUGCAGUUGCAGUCCCAGAACAUUGCGAUCAGAUGGAAAGGGGGGCAGUGGGGUUGUUUCUUCCUAUAUAUAUAUAUAUUCUGCCACCUACAGUAGUGGAGAUGACACAGAUCUGGAAGCCUGGAGGAAUUUAUAACCCUUAAGUAGGUCUGGUGUUUCACUGCUGAUCCAAGAUGCAGAUAUUGUUUGUAGUAGUUAUCAGGCAUUAAACUAAAAAAAAUAAAAGCUAUCAAGGAAACAAAAAUGUAUUGUAGUGCAAAACUUCUAUUUCAGUUAGGUCUGGACAAUUAAUCAAAUUUUAAUCGAGAUCGAGAUUCAGUUAUUUCUGAUUUCAAAUUAUCAGCUUGAGUCUUUUUGAUCGUGAUCUACAGCCAAUCUUGUCAGUGAAAGGUGGUUUGUAGCAGAAUUCAGUCUUUGCAUAAAGAAAUGCACUUUUUUCUGGGCAUUGAUUUAAAGUAAAUGUUUUUAAGUUCAGAAAAUUAAUAUCAAAUGCAUUUUAACAAGACAUAUUUUUCAUAACUUUAGGGCGUACAUCCCAGACCUAUUUACAAUAGUUUCUAAUAAUACAGUCAAACAGUUAAAACUAACCAUAUCUUUACUAAUUUUGGGUUGUAACAGAGAAACUUUGCCCUUCUUGCAUUUCUAACGUUAAGAAAAUAUCUGCAGAAAUAUAUCUGGCUUUAUUACUAAUGAGAGACUAUAAAUUUCAGUUAUGUCAAAAGAUAAUUAUUCUUUUGGUAUACGUAAGAAAUUAUGAAUAGGUAAAUUUGAAAGGCAUUGAAAUGUAAGUAGGAGUCAGGUUACUCACAAUCCCUGUGUUCUUCUUUUGAGAUGGUUUGUGCCUGAAUCUGUUACCCAAUCCUUUGAAUAGUUUGACAUAAAGGUCAGUGUGAAAUUCAGCAUUUUGAGAAUGGCAACAGAUAGGGACAAAUGCAUAAAACAAAAAAUUGAUCCAUUUCAGCUGUGUGCUCUCUAGCAACUGGAUACAAACAAAUCGUACAGAAAAGGAGAUUGCAUCCUCGGACUUGUUCAAACUUGUUUUUUUGUUUUUUUUUCACCAUGGUGUAGGUGUUUUCGAUUCUACUUAAGGUAUUGGACAAUUGCUUACUGGAGAUUUCACUGUGGGACAAGAGGCUUAAAGGAAUACUAUAUGUCAUGGUCAAAACUGUUGUAGUCUCUCUUGCACUAGAAAUGCCACUCCAGCUUCAGACUUCACCUGUGGACUAUACCUGCCACCUUAUUACUUAACCACCACUAACAUAAGCACUGGACAGGUGUAUUAAAGCCUAUUGGCAUUAGAACAAGUUGGUAAUAUAAGAAUACUCUUUGCCUCAACAGCUCUAAGGGAGUACUUGUGUAUUUACUACAUGGACAUGUCUGUAUGAUGCGUGACUAGGCUCUUUGUAUCUUAUUGUACAAAUAAAAGCUUCAUGAAAGUA